UUCGUGUUAACCCCCCCAUCACAUCUCAUCUUCUUCCAUAGAUCCCAACUACUCCACUACCUGUAAGCUUUAAUUUACUUUUAGGGUGAGCAUUAAUGGCUGUUGUUACCACAAGCCACGAGUACACUUGCUCCAUUCCUUCCGCAAGGCUGUUCAAGGCCUUGGUGCUCGAUUCCCACAACCUCAUUCCUAAAGUUGUUCCUUCCAUCAAGAGCAUCGACAUCGUCCAUGGAGAUGGAGGUCCCGGCAGCAUUAAGCAGACCAAUUUCGCUGAUGGCAGCCACUUCAAGUACAUGAAGCACAGAGUCGAUGAGGUGGAUUCCGCUACCUUCUUCAGCAAGACCACUUUGAUCGAGGGCGAUGCGCUGGGCGACAAGCUCGAAUGCAUUGUUUACGAGAUCAAGAUCGAGGCGGCUGCUGGCGCCGGAAGCGUGACCAAGAGCACCAGCCACUACCACCCCAAGCCCGGCGUUGAGCUGAAGGAAGACGAUAUCAAGUCGGGAAAAGACAAGGCCACCGGCAUCAACAAGGCUGUUGAGGAAUACCUCCUCGCCAACCCUGAUCUCUACGCUUAAGCCAAAACAUUUGUCUUUGAAGCAGUGUCAUUGGCGGUAUAUAUAUAUAUAUAUAUAUAUGGUGUAAUGCUGCAGUGAUUGGUGUGUUUUUUAUUUUUCAUUUGUUUGAUUGAGUUGUUAGGUCCCUAAUAAAUCGCCCCUUGAUGUUUGUGGGCUGGGUGGCUCCAAAGUUUUUAAGAAAAAAUAUGAAAUAUAAUUAAUUUGUGUUAAGAGUUCA